GCAGUGGCCAUGAUGACAGGAGGCGGGGCGGCAGUCACCUAGGCCUGGACCUGCGGCGUCGGCUGCGCGCGCAGAGGGCCCGGCGGGGCGUAGAGGCCGGGCUGACGAGUGGACGCUGCGGGUAUCCAAGGCGGGGCCUGGCGCGCAGGCGCUGACCCGACCUGGCAGUGAGCUGGCCGCGGCCUUGGCUGAGAGGCCUUAACCCCGCAGGCCGCAGCGCCUGCUUGCGAGUUGGGCCGCGGGCGCGGUAGGAGCCUACUCGGGGCGGCGGCGAUGGACGCCUUAGAAGAAGAGAGCUUUGCGCUGUCUUUCUCCUCCGCCUCUGAUGCAGAAUUUGAUGCUGUGGUUGGAUAUUUAGAGGACAUUAUCAUGGAUUACGAGUUCCAGUUAUUACAGAGAAACUUCAUGGACAAGUACUACCUGGAGUUUGAAGACACAGAAGAGAAUAAACUCACCUACACACCUAUUUUUAAUGAAUACAUUUCUUUGGUAGAAAAAUAUAUUGAAGAACAGCUGCUGCAGCGGAUUCCUGGGUUCAACAUGGCAGCUUUCACCACAACAUUACAGCACCAUAAGGAUGAAGUGGCUGGUGACAUAUUCGACAUGCUGCUCACUUUCACAGAUUUUCUGGCUUUUAAAGAAAUGUUUUUGGACUACAGAGCAGAAAAAGAAGGCCGAGGACUGGACUUAAGCAGUGGCUUAGUGGUGACUUCGUUGUGCAAAUCAUCUUCUGUGUCAGCUUCCCAGAACAAUCUGCGGCACUAGGUCCUACCUCCAGCCAAUGAAUGGGAUCAUUCUGGAUGUCACCAGCCCAAUAGGCCCAGCUCAUGAUGGCAGAACACAUCUUGGAAAGACUGACUCUGUUAUGUAACUCAUUUAUGUUAAGUAUUGAUAGGUCAAAACCAAAAAGACCUAACCCUCCUGGACCUAUUCCUCCUGAAACACCUUCUUGUAUUCAUUAACCAUAGUACUCCUCCCCUCCUCAAGUAGACACCUCUCUCAGGAGCUUCUGGGUCAGACGCCUCUGGAGCGAGCCCAUGUCAAGCACUCCACCUGGGGGGUCCUUCCCCAGCAUACCUGCUGGUGUGUAAGUGUGGACUAACCCACCGCCACCACCCUCUGUUCCAGCAGCCUCUGCAUCAAUCUUUGUGCACUUGCACCUCUUUUUCACAUGGGCCACAGUUUCAGUACUUCAGCCACAGUGGGGUUCCUGAUGUUUAUCUAGGGUGUUACUCAAGCCCAGCUUGAGAUUUCGGAAUCUCCUGUGAUCACAUCUUGUCUUGGCUGUAGGAAUCAACAGAAAGAGAUAUCCUCUACAUAAAAGGGUAUCUCUCUCCAUGUGAAGAGAUAUCCUCUCCAUGUGAAAAGCUACUCCUAGUCUUAACAUUUGCAGUCCUUGUGUCACUGUCUUCUGGUCCUGAUGUAGUCCCACUGUUUCUAGAUGUCUCUUUUAAGCAUUAUUUUUGGAAAAAAAAAAUAUUUUUAUAGAUGAAUACUCAGGCUAACCUAGUGGAUGUGAUCUUGGAACUUCCAUGAUUAUCCACUUAAAGAUCAAAGUAUUAUAUGCUGUGUGCUUUUUAGGUGUUAGUACUGUGAAGGCAAAAACGCUUUCUACAUUGGCAUUCAUUCCUAUUUUACUGGGCACCUAUGAAUGUAUGCUGUGUGCUAGAAAUAGGCUAAAAUAUUCUUAUAGCAUGUUAGUAUGUUUGCAUGUUUGCUGAAAAUCCUUUCUGUGUAGACCAGUUUGUAAGGUUCUCUGGGUUAGGUAGGGACUCUGCAGUUUCUUCCUGUCAAAAUAUCUCUUACUAAGAUGGUGUUCCACUGUCCAGCCCAGCAUGAGUAGCAGGUAGGGCACAGCUUUACUGGCUGUUUGUAUGCUUUGGUUUAGUGCAUUGUGUGGUAGAUUACUUACCAGAAAACAUAUAUGUCAUCUCUAGAAUGAAGAAAAAGCAUAGUAGUUCAAUUCCCAGUGUGUCCCUUUGAUUUUUUUAAUAGUAAAAAGAAUCUGUACUGACUUUUCACUUGGCCAUUCUGGUUUUAAAGGACAAGCUAUAAGCUUUACAUAAGCUCUGUUUUUCUGUACUGAUGUGUCACUUAUUAAAUACUUUUGUACCAUGAGUAAAAUUUGAGGUGUUUUGCAAGAACCACCAUUCUCAA